AUGGUCAAUGAAUGCCUGACGUCUUGCACUGCACUUUGGACGGCUGGCGACGGGGGCCGAGAAGCAGUACCCGAGCCUGUUCUCUCGGGCGUGGGUUUACGUUGUUCAAUGUUCACCGAAAUAGUUACUGAAACACUGGUCUCUAAAUAUGCCAAGUUCACAAGGUUCACCGAGCGCACGAGUUCACAGAGCGCACGAGUUCACAGAGCGCACGCGUUCACAGAGCGCACGAGAUCACAAGAGCGCACGAGAUCACAAGAGCGCACGAGAUCACAAGAGCGCACGAGAUCACAGGGCGCACGAGUUCACAGAGCGCACGAGUUCACAGAGCGCACGAGUUCACAGAGCGCACGCGUUCACAGAGCGCACGAGAUCACAAGAGCGCACGAGAUCACAAGAGCGCACGAGAUCACAAGAGCGCACGAGAUCACAGGGCGCACGAGUUCACAGAGCGCACGAAUUCACAGAGCGCACGAGAUCACAGGGCGCACGAGAUCACAGGGCGCACGAGAUCACAAGAGCGCACGAGAUCACAGGGCGCACGAGUUCACAGAGCGCACGAAUUCACAGAGCGCACGAGAUCACAGGGCGCACGAGAUCACAGAGCGCACGCGUUCACAGAGCGCACGAGAUCACAAGAGCGCACGAGAUCACAAGAGCGCACGAGAUCACAAGAGCGCACGAGAUCACAGGGCGCACGAGUUCACAGAGCGCACGAGUUCACAGAGCGCACGAGAUCACAGGGCGCACGAGAUCACAGGGCGCACGAGAUCACAGGGCGCACGAGAUCACAGGGCGCACGAGUUCACAGAGAGCACGAGAUCACAGGGCGCACGAGUUCACAGGGCGCACGAGUUCACAGAGCGCACGAGUUCACAGAGAGCACGAGAUCACAGGGCGCACGAGUUCACAGGGCGCACGAGAUCACAGGGCGCACGAGUUCACAGAGAGCACGAGUUCACAGGGCGCACGAGUUCACAGGGCGCACGAGUUCACAGAGAGCACGAGUUCACAGGGCGCACGAGUUCACAGAGAGCACGAGUUCACAGGGCGCACGAGUUCACAGGGCGCACGAGUUCACAGGGCGCACGAGUUCACAGGGCGCACGAGUUCACAGAGAGCACGACUGAAGGUGCGGUAGCCUAG